GGUAUUUACGGAUCACCUAAAAAUUUCCGCCCACCCUGCAAGCUCAUGCAAGCUUUGACAGGACAGUCAAUUCGACUAAUCGCCCCCAUUCAAAUCGCCAACUGCCAUAAGGCUCCCUUCCUGCGAUCGAUCGACCGGUCGAUCCUGUAAUCUGCGAUUUUGAUUACUGCUUCCUGAUGGUUUGGCGUUGCCUUCACGGAAUGCGAUGAAUAAUAUUGGCACGCCGCUCGUGGGUGCUGGGGGUUACCCACAGACACCAGCCGCUGCUAAAGCACUUCACAACCAGCGUCAAGCUCAAGAUGCCAGACCUAGGCCACCGCUACCUGUUGCCCCAGAGAACCAUCCGAAUCUCGCACCGACUACUCAACCGGUUAUACCUCUGACUCUCAUCGAUGCACCAUCUCAACGCUUCUAUGCCUGCGCCGUCUAUGUUGUCUUACUAGCAUGGCGGUUCUACGACUGGGUACAGAUGCUAGAGGAUAAUGGCGGAUCUUUUUAUUUCUUCUGCAAAUGGAUCCUAUUCGACUUUAUCUUCUUCUUUUCCCUACCUUCGCUACGGAUACCAUGGCUAGAACUCUCUGCGCCAUCAACCUCUAUGAUAUUCUUCGCGCAUAUGGUAUUCAACUGGCUCUUGAUGUUUAAUAUUCCCGUACCUUGGCAUGGAUGGCUUCUAGGACUCGUCAAAAUCUUCUACGACAAAGAGCUUGCCAUAUCAGAGCAUAAUGUCAAGGUCUCAAGCAUUUUGCACAACUCGUCUCUUAUCAUGGGCAAGCAGAUCAUCAAUAUCCUUCCCGAAGGCUCUGCUCUGCUCAACCCUGAAAAGCAACCCUACUGCCUAGGCCAAGGACAAAACAUCGCAAGUGUGCCUAUUUAUUUCAAUGCUACAGUGCCCGUCGACGUCGAACUUAUUCGCUUCGAUUUGGAAUCGGACAACCAAGAAGUAGUAAAACUGAGUCGCAAAGAAAUCAAGGAGAUUGGCAGGCAAUCUGCGAGGUCAAUUGAAGAUGGAUCGCUGGGUAUAUACAGAUACGAUAUUACCCUGAAGAAGCCCGGUGUCUAUCAGCUCAAUAGGGUUCUCGAUGAGUACAAGCUCGAGGUUCAAAGAAUCACAGAGCCUACAUACAUCGUCCCUUGUCCUAGAGCCAAGGUCCGAACGGCACAGUCGUCAACGAAGUGUCUCGGUGAACUAUCUAACUUGUCUCUUGACGUUUAUGGGACACCACCUAUGAAGAUCGUUUACAGUCGGACAAUCAAUGGCAAAGACCACAGUUUCCAUUUCCAGAGCCUGCAACCUGAUGGAUUCACGUCACCCCUAAUUGGUCCCCAACGAUCAUCCGGCAUCAUGCCUUUAGGCGAAGAGGACUAUAGCUGGGCUAGGCCCCGGACGGUUGAGGUCGGCCUGAAUGAAUCGAUGACUACCCAGGGAGAAUGGCAAUACUCCAUCGACGAGGUUCAUGACGUUUUUGGCAAUGUCAUCCAGUAUCCCCAACCUGAGGAUCCUGACGCAAAGCCUAAGCCUAAGCACCUGUACCAGAACUUCGAAGUUAGGGAACGCCCCAGAGCCACUAUUGUGGGUUGUGAUCUCCGCCAUCCGCUCAAAGUUGCAAAGGGAAAAACGGCAAAGCUUCCUAUCGAGAUUGGACGUCCAGGUCAGACCCCGCCAAGCGCCUCCCAUAUUUUAACCUGGAAUUUCUCUCCGAUCAACACACUUACGAAAAGUGGUGACCAUGGAGAUGUCGUUGAGGUGGGUUCUUUCACCGCUAAGAGCGCAAGUGACCAGCCUACAAUUUCUGCGCCGGGAUUGUACACCCUCAAGUCCGUAUCUUGCGGCUCUUGCGAAGGAGAGAUCGAAGAGCCUUCAUCUUGCCUACUACUUAACCCUCUUGAGCCUACAUUGACAAUUUCAUCCGAGGAGAUUCCGGAUAAGUGUGCCGGCAACUCCAUUGGACUUCGUGUUAAUCUGGAUAUGAUCGGAACGCCUCCAUUCAGAAUCGCAUACACGGUUAGCAGCGAUACCGAGCAGAAUAGGAGAGAGACGGUCGAGAUUAAGGGUCUUCGGCAACAGAUUGACCUACUCCCAAGGAAUGCCGGGCGCUACCAAUAUCGGUUUAGAAGACUCGAAGAUGCUAUUUAUAGCGUCCCUCUACCUCUAUCGGACGAGUACUAUCUGGAACAGAAUGUCAAGCCGCCAGCGACAGCGUACUUCAGACAAGGACCACGCACUAUCAACGCUUGUCUUGACCAGCCAGUCAAGUUGGAUGUGAAUCUUCUCGGAGAUGGUCCCUUUACGCUAGAGUGGGAAUUGAUUCAUGAAGGCAAGAGAAAGUCAGAGAAAGCGACCGGCAUCACCACGGAGACAUUCACUAUCGAAACCGCACCCUUGUCUACUGGUGGAGAGUAUACUCUAGCCUUGAAGAGUAUCCAGGAUAAGACCGGAUGUCGUAUCUUUCUCAAAGAAGAGAAUAAGAUCUCUGUGCGACGCCAACGGCCACGUGCUGCGUUUGGUCUUCUCGAGGGCAAGACAACGACUACAGUUGUUGAAGCUGCCUCUGUCAACCUUCCUCUUAAACUCUCUGGCGAUGGGCCCUGGAGAGUGGGAUACCGGAACUUGAACAGCAGUUCUGGCGACCGGCUUAUUCGUGUCGCGCGGACCGGCAACGACUAUAUCGAAGCAAAGGAGCUAGGCAUAUAUGAGAUUCUGGAUGUGAUGGAUGAUCAGUGUCCUGGCACUAUUAACCCCAAAGCUAAGACGUUUGAAGUCAAAUGGUUCCCGCGCCCCGAAUUGUCAUUUAUGCCGAGCGAUGCCAUUGAGUCAAUCGAAAAGGACAAUAAGUUCGUCAAGAAAGACGUCUGCGAAGGCGAUGUCGAUGGAUUUGAAGUCUCCCUUAAAGGGUCUCCUCCGUAUCAUGUCGAGUACGAAGUCAGACAUAAACCCAAGUCGGGUGGAGUCUCUAUUACCCGAAAAGAAUUUGAUGCUGCUCUUGGGAAAGCAGGCAUUUCACUAGACACAGCUAAGGCUGGACUAUACACCUACACCUUCUCCGGUCUAUCGGAUAAUCUCUAUAACGAUAAACGACAAUCUGCGCCACUAACGCUGGAGCAAACCGUCAACGCCAAGCCGUCUGCUUCCUUUGUUAAACCGGGCCAGACGUUCAAGAUGUGUAUGUCUGACGAUGGACCGAACGAGACGAUUCCUAUCAGGUUAGAAGGCAAGGCGCCCUUCUAUGUCGAGGUCGAAAUCAAGCAGCAUUCUGGAAAUCUACCGGAAGUUUUCAGGAUUCCCAACAUCCAGACCAACAAUUACGGAAUUCAAAUUCCCAGACAGUAUCUGAAGCUCGGAGGCCAGCAGAUUAGAAUCCGCAAGGUACGCGAUGAUCGCGGUUGUCAGCAGAAGACGGAGACCGGCGGCGGUGUGGUUCAUAUCCAACUUUACGAAGCGCCGUCUAUCUACCCUCUCGAACAACGAACUGACUACUGCGUUGGCGAGCGUAUUGCCUACACCCUAUCGGGCACGCCGCCUUUCGAGGUGCACUAUGAUUUCGCCGGAAAGCAAAUGAAGGCUAAAUCGCAGACGACUAACUUUCGCCGUAUUGCCGAAUCUCCCGGUGACUUUACGAUUACUAGCAUCAGCGACAAAGGUAGUGAAUGCCGCGCUGCAGUUAAUCUAGCUAAGUCCAUUCAUCCGAUGCCGAGUGUUAGAAUUAGCAAGGGGCGUGUCAUCCAGGUCGACAUUCACGAAGGAAGCGAGGUCGAAAUCCUAUUCGAGUUCUGGGGUACGCCGCCCUUCGAAUUCACGUACACGCGCAGUACCAACGCGCGGAAGGGGCAGAAGAGCCAAAUUCUAGAGACACGUCACGACAUCAGCUACGAGCAUAGCAAGGUGAUUACAGCGAGCCUAGAAGGCACGUACGAGGUCGUGGCGAUCAAAGACCAGCACUGUGCCUUUUCGACGAUAGGUCCGGAGGGAAGGGACAAGGGGCAGAAGUCUCUAAAGUACUAAGGGGGAUUCCUACUUUGGUGUUGGCGUGGAUGUGGACUUGGCCGCUAUUAAGUUGGCGUACGAAUAAUAAAAAAUUGGACACAGACGCACGGGAAUGAAGCGGUCCACGAGAACGCAUGUAGGGGCCCUAAUGUAGAACGGCGGAGGAUGGGGAUGGACGAGCUACGUGUUGGCUCUCGGGCAUUGCAUGAGCAUGGCGUUUUGGUAGGAUAACCAGCUUUCACCGCUGACGGAUUGCGGCAGUAAGCAAAUGCAAUCCGAAUACAUCUUUUUUCUCUUGUAAGCUCACGAGUAGAUGAUCGGACCUUGGGGUUAUGCGAUGAAUAUCGGUGGUAGGUGGGUUAAUUAUGCUGGGUGUAUAGCAGAUUGGCCUUAAGACCGGUCCCCUCUUUUACUAGGAGGUAUUUAAGGCAUAAUUAUGAGUAGACUUGAGUAUGGAAUAAUGAUGGACUGUCCAUGGAUAGGUACAUACCUAGAUCUGGGAUUUGACAGCAUCACUCUGUCACUUUCCCUGACAUCCAUGACAGCCUGAUCACGAAGCAUGUGGAAUU